AUGCAAGAUCCAGGCUCUGCGGUGUCCUUUUGUCUCAGCUUCAAUAGCUAUUCCUCUGAUCAACUAGCCUGUACCGCAGCUAGAGUCGGGAAAGAGGAAGCAAAUAACAGAGUUGCUGUUUUCAGUAACCAAAACGACAACGAAAGCACCAGCAACCGCUGUGAAGAAGAAGACAAUGAUGAUUUCGAGUUCGUUUUGGUCCGCUCAAAUCUCAACGAUUGUACGACAAUCGACGGUGAUCGUGAAGUUGCCUUCCCGGUUUUCCCGGUAUUUGAUCGAGAUCUCCUGUUGAAUUAUGAAAAUGAGUCGAAUAAUCAGAGAAAUGGUCCCGAAGAUGUAACAUCUGCCGCAGUUCGAUUACCUUUGAAGAAUAUGUUUAUUGAUGAGCGAGAUCCUCCGUCCUCGUCGGAGGAGGACGAAUUAGAUGAAGUAUCACCGGGAAAUUUUUGUGUUUGGCUACCGCAAAGGUCACCACCUUCUCCUUCGGCUUCGCCUUCGCAGUCAAUAUGCAAAAAGAGCAAUUCCACCGGAUCAUCGUCAAAGCUACGUUGGCGAUUGCGAGAUUUGCUGCAUCUUCGAAGAUGCAGCAGUGACGGCAAGGAAUCACUCAUAUUUUUGAAUCCAGAUCAUCGUCAUCACAAUAAUAACAAUAUCAAUUUGGGGAGGAAGAAAGAGGAGAAAGUGGAUAAAGGCAAAAUAGUUGCUGCAAAAGCAGGCAAGGGCAAAGAGAAAGCAUCGGCACAUGAGAUGUUCUACGUCAGGAACAAGGCCUUGAAGGAAGGAGAUAAGAGAAAAUCCUACUUACCGUACAGGCAAGGACUGGUUGGAUUUUUUGCUAAUUUGAACGGACUGGGCAGUAAUUUUCCUCCAUUCUAA